GCCAUCUACUUACGCACUUUUGCUGGCCGGAGCCACACGACCGCAAGGAGCUAGCUAGCAACGACAAACAACGCUAGAGCUGGCCUGAGCUCGCCGUCGCGAUGGCAAGCACCAACAUGGCGUCUGCCACCUCCAGAUUCAUGCUAGCCGCGGGCAUGCCCAACGGCGGCAGCGGCAGCAGCAGCAACCACAUCAGCUUCGUCUCGUCCAAGCGGCUCGGCAGGAGGCUCGUUGUCCGCGCCGAGGAGGAGCCGGCAGCGCCACCAGCACCCACUCCAGCGGACACGGAGAAGCCAGAAGGCGCCGUGGCCACAAAGGCGCCCGCCAAGGCCAAGCCACCGCCGAUUGGACCCAAGAGGGGAACCAAGGUUAAGAUUCUGAGGAGGGAGUCCUAUUGGUACAACGGGACUGGAUCCGUUGUCACGGUUGAUCAGGACCCCAACACCCGUUACCCGGUGGUUGUGCGCUUCGCCAAGGUGAAUUACGCCGGCGUGUCGACGAACAACUACGCCCUGGACGAGAUCAAGGAGGUUGUUUAAACGUGCUCCAUCCAGUGAUUGCAUUGGUAGAUCGCGUGUCAAGUGACGACGUGAAAUAUUAGCACCACAAAUCUUGUGUGUAAUAGUGUAACCUCUAUGAUUAUAUGUAUUUGCGUGCUUCCACAUGGACCUAAUAAUCUCCCCCCUUGCUCAACAUGAUUGUAUUUUUUCCA